CGCUUUUCUAGGUCAGAAAGAUGAGCAACGACCGUCUAUUAAUUUGAACUGAAAUCCUUUAAAUUAAAGUUAGGAUAUGAGCCGCAGUCAGCCGUCGUCCAAGAAAAAAUCAAGAAAUGAAUGGUUCGAAUGCAUAGACUGUAAACGCAAAAUGUUACAGAAAGCUAAAGAAAAACAUGCUUGCGAGAUAUUUGAUAUGCCUUGCAUCAUUUUUGAAAGUAAAAUAUCUGUCCUUCUGACUAAAGAUUGUCUGACGAAUCCAGAAAAUUCACAAAAAGAUUAUCUCAAGUUAUCUUUCGAAACCAUGUGUAAUUUGAAUCUAAUAAUAGGGUCAUGGUGUUUCGUAACUUCUCGUAAUGGCACUUUUUCUACCGUUGUCCGAUGCCUACCAUCUUCUGAAGUUGGCCCUGGAAAAGUUAUGCUGCCCCUCAAUAAUCAUAAACUUGCAUUAUCAAAUGAAGACUAUUUUCGUGUUUGUCCAAUUUUGACUUCCUGCAUUGAGACUGCAAUACUCGUGAAAGUUAAAGUAAGAUUCGGGGAACUAGGGCAAAGCCCGAUGGUUUUGAACUCGGAUUUAAUAAGAAACAUGGUUCGCCAGUCACUUCUGGACUCUACUAUUUACACGGGACAAUCCACUUUAUUGUCAAUUUACUCAAUUACUUGCUCUUUGCUUAUUGAAUCUUGGCAGUCUUUGGAGAGCAAGAUGAACAAUUUAUUUGAAGUAACUGAUUCUUCUAAAAAUUGUGAAAAGUUUGCUUGUGUGAAUGAUUCUAGUGAAAUUGUUAUUGAACUUGAUGGUAAUCUACCGAGCGAGACAGAAAAGUGUAAACUAAGUCUUAGUGAUUUUGGUGGCUACCUCGACUUGGUCACCAGAUUGAAAACUGAAAUCAUCCAACCUUUGAAGACUAAGCAGUCGAUGUCCCAUGUAUGUGGAAUAAUGCUUCAUGGUGUAUCCGGUGUUGGUAAAACGUUUUUGGCUAAAUGCAUAGCUGGCGAACUUGAAACUUAUGGCGCGUCUAUUUGCACUGAGAUUGAAGCAAGUCCACAAUUGUUGAAAAAAUUGAAGGAAAAUCAGCCUCUUGUUUAUAUUUUAGAUGAUCUUCAUUUUAUAUUGUCAGCUCAUAAUAAAUCAAAAAUCAUGUCCGGAGGUGACGCUGCAGACCAAAAUCCUGUCAAAGUGAUCAGACAAUUUUUUGAUAAGUUGAGAAGUUCUGUCGAUAGAAAUGUUCUUGUAAUAGGCACUACUACUGACAAUGAGAAUACGGAUCCCUGCCUUAGAAGAGUUGGCUACUUCGAACACGAAUUUGAAAUUCCACCACCAGAUCAAAAAUGCAGAUUCGAAUUAGUUCGGAAGAUUCAGGAAAAACUAUUUUCUCACUUUAUUUUCUUAGACGAAGAUCUCGAAGCGUUCAGCCAAGAUGCGCAUAGCUACAUAGCCUCUGAUCUAAUAUCAGUUUUGAAAUUUGCAUCAAAGGAAAACACGGACGGCUUAGUUUCUUUGCAUAGCUUGAAAAAGGCUCUCAGAAGAGUAAAACCUUCGGCAAUGAAGGAAAUAGUUUUAGAUAUUCCUCAUGUUACAUGGUCUGACAUAGGCGGCCAAGAUGAGCUUAAGUCGAAACUAAAACAGUGCAUAGAAUGGCCUGUCAAAAAUCCUGAAAAAUUCGCCAAAUUUGGGAUCAAUCCUCCGAGAGGCUUGCUUUUAUAUGGUCCUCCGGGUUGCUCAAAAACAAUGAUCGCCAAAGCACUUGCAAAUGAAACAGGUUUGAAUUUUUUGAGCGUUAAGGGACCUGAAAUUUAUGACAAAUAUGUUGGUCAAUCUGAAAAGGCGAUUCGAAGGUUAUUCCAAAGAGCUCGCCAAGCAGCGCCUGUUAUCAUCUUCUUCGAUGAAAUUGACGCAAUUGCGUCUUCUCGUGGAAAUUCUGCUAACAACAAUGUUUCAGAUCGAGUUCUAACUCAGUUGUUAACAGAAUUAGACGGUGUAGAAAAACUAGAAAAUGUUGUUAUUGUUGCAGCAACUAACCGACCUGAUAUCAUAGACAAAGCUUUGCUGCGUCCAGGAAGAAUUGAUAAAUUAUUUUACGUGGCGUUACCGGACUCUGAAACUAGGAGACAAAUUGUAAAGCUAAAAAUUAGCCGAAUGCCAGCUUUGGUCCUAAAUAAUGAAAAUUUUGUGGAGAAUAUGGUUCGAAAAACAGAACGUUUUUCAGGGGCCGAAAUUUGCGCGUUAUGCGAUGAAGCUGCAAUGAAUGCUUUGAGAAGAAGUUUUGAAUGCAGCUCAGUUGAUGACAAGCUUUUGGAAUCAGACUUUGAACAAGCCUUAAACUUUGUUCGACCCCAAACAACAAACGAGUCUUUGAAACGCUACGAAACGUUUUACGAGCAUGCAACGUGUUGAGAAGUUUAAAGAAGUGCUCAAGGCGGUUGUAAAAUGAAAUUGUCGAAUGAACAAAAAAUGAGCAAAUAUUUUGGCGAUUCUUUCUGUAUGGUCUCAUAUGAUGAAGAUUUUCAUACGAUGGUGAAUUUUUUUUUUCGGUACACGAACCUGUGAUGUAGAGCUAAAGAACUGAUAUAUUCGAAAAAUCGUUAUAAAAGUUUUGAGCUUCAGGAAAAGACCAUUUGAAAAGA